AUGAAUGCCCGCGAGCGUCUGAAGAUGCUCCUCGAGGGAGACGAGGGUCUCAAAGACUUGAAUACCCGCUUGUACCAGGCUGAAGCCGUCCAACCUGCCCCAGGUGCGGAUGGAGCUGAUCCGGUUGCUGAGCCCAAAGCUAAGCGAGGCGUAAGUGGAUAUGCUCUUCCAGUCGAUUUCAAGCCGGAGGAGGGCAUGGAGUACCCGGAGGGUGGUCAAUUCCCUUUGUCGUACAUUCGUACCCACGUGGUUGGAGAGCUAUCUGAGUCGGAAGACAAGCUUUUGACCAUCAAACAGGAUCGCCGUACCCAGCGUCGUGGCCCGAAGUUGCGGGUUGAUCUCUCGGGCGUGCCCAAAAAUGAUCACGGCGACGGUCCGGACAUCGAUUCCGAUGAAGAGCUGGUCACGGCGAUCCCUGUUUCGAGGUCGUUCACUCCGGCCGUCGCGAUGGCUCGCUACCCUUUCAAAUAUCUCCACGGAGAUGACGCCAAGCGAGUUAACGAGCGAUUCUAUGAGGGCGAUAAGUUCUGGAAUCGGACCUGGCAUCUGUAUUAUCUGUCUGUCCCAAGGGUUAUUUCGAACACCCCGUUCCUUUUGAUUCCCACUUUCCAAGCUCAAGCACUGCUCGAUGAAAUCAAUUCGGCUCUGAACAUCAAUUUGACUCUCACGGGCGUUGGCAAGGAAGGCCUCGUGAUUGAUGUCGGCAAUGAACAACUGCCGCGACCUGUGUACCUUGGCCGAAGCAGCACUCGUGAUCGGAAGGCGAAAUUGGAGAGUAAGGUUCCGUCGCCUCCGGAGAACUGGGGACCCUGGGCACAGCUGGCUGAACCCCAUGUUGUCGAGGACUUCCAAAAGAAAGUCAAACAGUCACUCGCCACAACCAAGACCAAGAAGAACAACAACAAGCAGGCGGCCCGAGAGGCUCGAACGAAGAAGUCGCAGGAGUGCCUAGCCCGUGUGCAAGCCUACUUUGGACUGCGCCCUGCAUUGCAGCCAAAUGUUACACAGCCGUCGUUUGCCAAUGGCCAGAUUGAAGCGAUUGAUGUUCUGAAGCCUGCCAAGUGGGCCUUUCAAGAUGCCCCCAUUUUCAUCAGCGUUGAUGUCGAGUGGAUGGACCGUUACGGCAUUAUGACUGAGGUCGGAAUUUCGACCCUGGAUAUGUUGGAUUUGGAAGGCGUGGUCCCUGGCGACUAUGGACACAUGUGGAUGAAACAAAUUCAAACCCGCCACCUGCGUGUGAGGGAAUACCGAAACUGGGUCAAUGAGACUUACACCAUCGGAUGUCCUGGUAGCUUCCGGUUCGGCGAGACGCCGAAAUUGGGGACGUCGUGGACGCUGCCUUCCGCCCCCCCAUACACGGUUCCCUCAAAGGAAGAGAAGAUCGCUCCAUACAAGAAUCAGAAGCGCACUGUGAUCUUGGUUGGUCUCGACCUCCAUGGUGACAUUGCGCAUCUCCAGAGAGCGGGAAGCCAAGUCUUUGUCAGCCUGAAUGAAAGCUAUUCAGUCGUUCGUGAGACCGUCGAUGUGGCGGAGCUGUACCGCGUUAAUUAUGAGGAGAACCAGACGCGAGGCCUUCAGGCACUGCUAGGAUUGCUGAAUAUCUUGAGCCCUGACUUGCACAAUGCCGGGAAUGACGCGCAUUACACCUUGCAGGCUCUUGUGCGACUGAUGCUGAGAGUGGCCGGGGAGAAGCCGUGGGGAUACGAGAGUGCUGAAGUCAGUGACAAGGAGUAUGUUCAGCCCGACGAUGACCGAAAGGACAAGCCCAAUGUCACGGUCGAACCCCAGGAGCAACGCAAGGAAAGGAUCGCCCGUGCCCAUGCUCGAUUGAUGGCAAUGUGUGAACAAGAAGACGACAACAGCAAGGAAGGCCCCGUUUGGAGUCACUGA